AUGGCCUCUGAGGCAGAGUCCUCUGUGCUCCCUCUGAAAGUGGUCAAUGACAGCAGGUCAGAUGGGCAGACCUCCCCUGGUGGGCAGGGCUGGGAGCAGCAGCUUCGUGAGGCAGUUCAGAGGAACCUGGCUUUCAGAGAGCACACUGCAUCUUGGGUGUUGCAACCUGGCUGUCUCAGAAGGUUCACUACUGUAAUAAGCACCAUGACCAAAAGCAAGCUGGGGAAGAAAGGGUUUGUUCCUCUUACACUUCCAGACACAUUGCUGGGCCUCCAGGGCUCUGCUCACCCUUACCCUUCCACCUGGGACCAUUCAGGCCCGACGUCCUCCAUCAUCCCUGACUUACCCCCACAGCUCAGUUCUACUCUCUUCUGGUUCCCCUGGCAGGGUUUGGGGCUCCAGGCUGCUGGAGUCCUGGUUGUCUUGGGAGGGACCUGCAAGGCUCUUUGCUGUGGGUGUCGGGUGACAAGGCCAGGUAGCAAAACCCUUUCCAGGUGGGAGGGGGUGGGGCUUCCCAAGGAAUGUGAUGUUGACAUUUCCAUUCCGCCAUGGGAGGAGCCAGUGGCACAUUGCUUACAGGGAGAUAUCAAGGGGGCUGAGGGAAGGGAAGGCUUGAAGCAGCUGCCUCCUGCCAGUUUUCAGGGAAGGGAUGCUCAUGGCUUCAUACAGUCUUACUUCUCAGCAAAGCCAGCAUCCCCAUCUCACUUGGCCAGGACGUCAUCGCUGUGGCUCUCACCUUGCUUUUGUGUCUCACCAGAAAGCACCCUGGAGUUCAUGAACAACAGCUCCUCUUCCUUCCUUGAAGAUAAAAAGAAACCUCAAAAGAAAAGCAAAGGGCAUGUGACUAUAGCUGACCCCUCAAGUAACCCUUUCCACAUGUCAGGGGAUGUGGAUUUCUUCUUGUUCAGAGAGCAGGAGCGGAAUAAAGCUAUCGCAGAACGUGAACAAAAGAAGAUGCUGAGGGUGCACCAGAAGAUGACAUAUGCAUCCAAGGUGUCUGCCAAGCACACUAGCCUGCGCCGGGAGCUGCAGCUAGAAGAGGAGAUGGAGGACCAGGAGCUGAUGGCUGAGACCCGGCAGCUGCACACCUUCCGCAACAACACUGCCUGGAAGCUGUCCAUGACCCAAGAUAAGAAUAUGGAGCCUGAAACAUUGACUGACUAUAUGGAACAGAAGCGAAACAUGUUCCUCCUCCAGUAUACGGUGGCAAUGAAGCGAAAUGAAAUCCAGCGGCUAGAAAUGCUGGCAACCCGGGAGGAGAGGAGGCUGGAGAGAGCUGAGAAGUUCCUGGAGAAGGAUGCAAACUUGUUUGACGAGUUCCUUAGGGAGAAUGACCGCAGCUCAGUGCAGGCCAUGCGACUGGCUGAGAAAGAGACCAAGAUCAAGGUGGAGAAGAUCAUUGAGAUCCGGGAACUUACAGCCCAGAUCAUGGCCAUCAAAAGUGAAAUCUCCAAAUUCGAAGAUACUUUGCAGCAUUACAAGAUUUACAAGGAUUUCCUGUACAAGCUGUCACCCAAGGACUGGUUAGAAGAGCAGGAGAUGAAGCGCCAAGCUCUUAAAAAGGCCAAGGAGCCUGGGGAGCUCACCAAGGAUGGCAGCAUGGCCACCUUAUUAGGGGAAAAAGGGUCUAGCAAGAGCAAGACAGCCUUGCUGUGGAAAGAGGUUCAGAGCUUGAAGAAAUCCCCAAAGCUUACACGGUCUGGGCAUGCCCCAUCCAGCACUCAGAGCCUCCCGCAGGUUGGCCAGCUCAGUCAACCAAGCCUGUUCAGUGAGCUGGACUCCAGACUGUCAAGCCCUACUGUGCCAUCACAAGACGACACUGACAGCGAUGGGGAGGAGCUGGCACUGUACUUCACUGAGCCCCAACAGCUCUUGGAUGUCUUCACACAGUUAGAAGAACAGAACCUGUCCCUGAUUCAGAACACGCAGGAGAUGGAGGAGACCCUGGAUGAUCUGAACGUCACUCUGAAAAACACCCAGAUCCGCAUGGACAGGGAGGUCAACCUGCUGAAGCAGUGGAUCACCACCAUGAUGAUAUCAAUCUCCAAGGAGGAGGAGUCAGCAGCAGAGCUGCAGCUCAAAGCCCGCGUUUUCCACUUCGGGGAGUAUAAGGGUGACCAGCAGGACAAGCUUUUGGAGAGCCUGAACCAUAAGGUGCUGGAUGUGUAUCGGAAGUGUGUGGGCAUGCAGCAGGAGGCCAACCUGGGCACAGUGCAGAUGCUGACUGUGGUGGAGCACCAGCUGGAUGAGCUGCUAGAGAAUCUGGAAAGAGUGCCCCAGGUUAAGAUUGAGCAGGCUGAGAAGGUCAAGGAGAGGGAGCGGCGCAUGAGGCUUCGUGAAGAGAAGGUCAGGAUGCAGAAGGAGCUGCAGGAGGAGCGGUUGCAGCGGGCUCGAGCCAGGGCCCAAGCUGAAAUAAAAAAGAAGAGAGGCAGGAGAUUGGUAUGCCGCUCCCGUCCACCCGUCAUCAAAAUAAAGGAGGUGUCCGAGCACAUGAUAGUGGACAAGGACAAGGAGGAGAUGCUCUUCUUCUUCACCUAG